AAAAGCCCGAAUAUUAAAAUUUGGUAUCUCAUGACAACUUGGUAACUCUUAUGUGCUAUGGUUGUGAGAUGUGUUGUCGUUUGAGACUUAAUUUUACUAAGCAUAUUUCCAAAUACUGAACUAUCCAAGAUGUCUGACUCUGAUGUAGGAAGCAAGGAUGUUUCUGAGAAGGAACAAGACCAAGCCAAAGAAAAUGAAAAGGAUCAGGACACAAGUCAGGCACCCGCUUCACCAAAGAGCAAGAGUCCAGCGCACACCAAGAGUCCAGCGCGCACCAAGAGUCCGGGAUCAGGGCGUGCCAAGAGCCCUGGAUCAGGGCGUGCUAAGAGCCCCACUGCAUCAGCACCUGGCAGCGCCAAGGGCUCUAGCAGACCAGGAUCGAAACCAGUGACUCCUAAAGCUACUAGGAAUUCACUUAAGACUCCUCCACAAAAGAAAACACCAGCCAAAGGGAAACCGAAGGGCAAAGACAAGGAUGUAUCACAAGUACCUAGUGCUAUGGACGACACAGAGGACGAAGGUCUUCCUGAAGGGGUUGUCCCUCUGUUUCUGACCUCCAAGACCCAGGAGAUAUUCAGUGCACGGUGUGAUGAGGACGUCACCAAGGAGAACCCGUUCAAAAUCAUCAUGAAGGAGGACAUCAUAGAAGACAUGAGACUGAGGGCAGCAGUGUCAGAUUUUGCGCCAAUCAAACAAGACAUUUUGAACUACCCUGGUGAUGAGAUUUUGAUAGUUUAUGAUUAUGACUUCAAAUUUGAACAGAACUUUUAUGUGGCCAUUACUGAAGAAGCUAAAGAGAAACUCCUCAAUCCCCCAAAGGAAGACGAGGAUGAGGAAGAGCAGGAGGAAGAAGAGGUGAUCUACAAAUACGUACCCCCUGUGUCCAAACCGUGGAUCUCGCAGGGCAGUGAGAAGGAAAUUGAGGAAGCAACUGUUAAGGAGACCAGACGGAGAAAAAAAGUUUCUAUUAAACGACAAAGACGAGAGUUUGGAGCACCAUAUUCCUUCAAAGACCGAAAUGUUGCUGAUGCCAAGGAUGGCUAUGUGGAAUGUACACAGUAUGAAGACAAGAACUUCAAUAUUAAAAAGAUGGAGUUGGAUCGAGGAACACAGGCUAUUCCCGUGUUUCUGGAUGCAGGAACACAGACUGAUUGGAAAUAUCCACGAAAUGCAUGCACCCAGUCAUACCCAAGACUGUUCACUGAUGAGGAAAAGGAAACAAUAGAAAAAUCGGAUACACUUAUAAACUUUGUUGAGGAAGGAAUACCAAGGUUUCAGUUGGCUUUACAGCAGAAUGAAAUCAUGGAUGUUUUCUAUGAUGACUGGGGUAACCUAGGAGAUAUAGAUGACUUUGGAAGCAAGGCUGACAAUCAUCUGAAGGAAUACCAGUCAUUCACAGAUCUUCAUUUCAGCAAAGAUAAGAAAAUCACUUGUAUUCAGUGGCAUCCCACAAUAAAAGGAAUUGUGGCGGUGUCUGUGGGAGAAAGAAUGAACUUCGAUGACCGUAUUGACAAUGCUGGUAAAGUGAUCAUGACUCCAUCUCUGAUUCUCAUCUGGAGCUUCACAGAUCCAAUCCAUCCGCAACUUUUGCUUGAGGCUCCAGAUGACAUUGACAGUUUCCAGUUUAACCCCAGCGAUCCAAACAUCAUAGUUGGAGGUUGUUACAAUGGCCAGCUAGUCUUGUGGGACAUAUCAGAAUACGCAGACAGACUUAAGGCACCUAGGGGAGGCCACCGGAACAAGAAAAAAGAUGUGCUUCCUGGUUUUGAGGACCCCAAUGCUUUGAAGACCCCUGUAAUUCACUACUGUGCUGUCUCCAGUAUUGAAUUCAGCCACAGGGCUCCAAUAACUGACAUACAGUGGGUUCCAGAUCACCUGGAGAUCAGCAAGAUGGGCAUACCUCAAGAAAACCGGUCUCAGUAUUGUGUGCAGAUCAUCAGUGCAGCUAAAGACCACUCUGUGUUGUUCUGGGACACGAGAAGUCAGAAACCUCACAUGGCAAAAGAGGAGCAUGCAGGGGUCAAACAUCCAUCCGGAAUUCCAAACACAUUCAAACACUUGGAUCUCACCUGGAAGCCACAACUCAAAGUGUACUUGCACAAGUCUGAACCGGGUGGUGACCACAGUCCAAUCGUGUUCUCCAUUGGAGAGAGGCAGGGCGAUCGCAAAGCUGCGAAAGCCACAGAUGAUACUGCUGAUAUCGAGCCAACCCAUACGGCAGGAUUUAGUUUCAGUGCAAUGAAAAUUGGAUCGGCUAAAGAGAAAAAAACACUACACGAUGUUCAGACUAAUUUUUAUGUUGGAACAGAGGAUGGGGAAGUUGUAUAUUUGGACUGGAUGCCACAGAAAGAUCCAGACACAGGCAAAAUACAAACACCCAAGCCUCAGUAUUACCAUGCGACCCAUGAUGGUCCAGUGUCCGUUCUGCAGCGGUCACCUUUCUUCAAGGAUGUACUGCUGGUUAUUGGAGGCUGGACGUUCUCUCUGUGGAAAGAGGGUGUUACAUCAGGACCAAUUUUAACGUGUGCUGCCAAUCCCGUGAAACUGACAUCGGGUCACUGGUCUCCGACCCGACCUGGUGUUUUCUAUGUGGCCAAGGCAGAUGGCAGCAUCGAUAUCUGGGAUCUACUAGACAAGACCCAUGAGCCUGCAUUAACACAGAGCGUCUCCACAGCCUCCAUCACAACCGUCUAUCCUUUCCAGGUCACCCAUAAACAGCAUCUUCUGGCAGUGGGCGACACGUUUGGAACUUUACACAUUCUUGAAAUUCCAUGGAGCUUGAAACACCCAACUCCCAAUGAGUACAAUUCCUUUGCCAACUACAUUGAGAGGGAGGUUAAAAGAAGAGCCUUUGUUGUGAUGAGAUGGGACUUCCGGGAACAAGAGAAGAGAGAGUUGGAAUCUGAGUCCAAAAAAAAAGCAGGAAUUGCACCUAAUGUCGUAUUAUCAGAGUCCGAGAUUGAGAACAAACUGAAACUGGAUUAUCAAGACUUUCUUAAAGAGGAAUUGGCAUUCCUGCGAGAACUGGGUCUGAAAACCGAUGAUGAUGUAAUAGCUGACACCUAGAUGCAGUUAGCUUCAGCAGUGUUUCAGCAUUCAGACAUUUGAAUAAGACUUCCAUCACCAAAUGAAGAAUGAGAAUUUUGUCUUUUGUUAUCCCUGUUAUAUUAACUCCAGUAGCAUUUCAGUAUUCAGAUAUUUAAAUAAUACUUCCAGUUCUGUGUAAAGAAUGAGAAUUUAUAUGUGAAUAAGACUUUGACCACUAAAUGAGGAAUGAGAA